UUGCCUCUUGAGUAUGUCCUUGUCUUUUACACUGUUUUGAUCAAACCUGAGCACCGUACUUGGUACUCAGAACUAAGAAUUUAUACCAAAAAAUAAUGAACAUAAAUUGCUUUUACAGUUGAAGAACAACUACGGUAAAGAGGGGUGAUAAAGAGUAUAUAAAGCCAUAUCCAUUUCCUUAUUUGGGUUUUCUAUUGUGAAAAGGUUUGGUCUGAUUUGAGGCUUUGGUGAGAGUGGAUAUGGAAGAAGAACGAUACGAGACUCUGAAGGAGCUUGGUUCGGGGAACUUUGGAGUGGCAAGGUUGGCCAAAGACAAGAAGACAGGGGAACUUGUUGCUAUCAAAUACAUAGAAAGAGGAAAAAAGAUUGAUGCGAAUGUCCAAAGGGAGAUAGUAAACCACCGAUCUCUAAGGCAUCCGAAUAUUAUUAGGUUCAAAGAGGUAUUUCUGACCCAUACUCAUUUAGCUAUUGUCUUGGAGUAUGCUGCUGGAGGUGAACUCUUCGAGAGGAUAUGCAAUGCUGGUCGAUUGAGUGAAGAUGAGGCAAGAUUUUUCUUCCAGCAACUAAUAUCUGGAGUUAGCUAUUGUCAUUCCAUGCAAAUAUGUCAUAGAGAUCUGAAAUUGGAAAACACUCUACUUGACGGAAAUCCAGCUCCUAGACUUAAAAUUUGUGACUUUGGUUUCUCCAAGUCUGCUUUGCUGCACUCUCAGCCUAAGUCAACGGUUGGAACUCCUGCAUACAUUGCUCCAGAAGUUUUGUCACGAAAGGAAUAUGAUGGAAAGAUUGCAGAUGUUUGGUCGUGUGGUGUGACUCUUUAUGUGAUGUUAGUUGGAGCAUACCCAUUUGAAGAUCCAGAAGAUCCUAAGAAUUUCAGAAAGAGUAUUGGGAGAAUUAUGAGUGUUCAAUACGCCAUACCCGACUACGUUCGUGUUUCUAAGGAGUGCAGGCAUCUUAUCUCUUCUAUUUUUGUUGCUAAUCCUGCCAAGAGGAUCACCAUGUCGGAGAUAAAACAACACCUUUGGUUUAGGAAGAACUUGCCGAGGGAGAUAAUUGAGGCUGAAAGAAGGGGUUACGAGGAAACACAAAAGGACCAACCAAGCCAAAGUGUGGAAGAAAUAAUGCAGAUCAUCGAAGAAGCAAGGACAAAAAUUCACACUCGUGAGCAAACUUCGACAGGAUCGUCGAACGUUGUACAUGUUGAUGAGGCUAACGAGGAAGUUGAUGACCACUUUGCCAAAAAUCUAGUCCUUGAGUAAUUUAUGGUUGAUCAUAUAUAAUUUUUUUUACCAUACUAUGCCUUCUUCGUGUGUGAGGUAAAUAUAUAGGUUGGGUUUGGAACAAUUUGUAUCACUUCAAUGCAGGUUCACACUUUCUAAAACACCAAAUUGAAAAACAAGUUUUGUGUAAUGAUCUUGUUUUCAUAUCUACUUAUAUAUUCAUUUAA